GCAGACGGGCCGCCGGGACCGCAGGGGCGCGACGGCGGGGGAGGAGGAGGACGCGCCCUUCCUGGAGGUGCUGCCAGCGAUCAACCUCCACGAGAGCGUUGAGACGAGGGUGACAUUCGACCAGGACGCCGAGGUCCUGCUGGUGGACACGGUGGGCGACGUCCUCGCGGAGAACUCGAGGCACAGGUGCCUGCUGCACCUGCGCGGGGAGCAGAAACCGGCCGUGCUCGUGACGGGCUCGCGGCAGGCAGAGAGGUGA